AACUUCUUUUCGUAAUCAAAACAAUGACUUACGUAUUACCCCCCAUGACGUCUACGCUCUCAUAUAUAAACUCACAUACGAAUCCGUACACUUAUUCUUCAAAAAGAUGUUGCUCUCUUGUGCUAUUUUCGCCUUGUACUCCGCGGUGGGAGUGAUAUCGUACAAUGUAAGUCUCGGGGAGUUGCCCAAAGAUAUAUCGCAGCAAGUGCAAGAUAUGGUACGGAAUCCAGAUCUGAAGUUACCAGUAAAUUGCAAACGGCGUUUAAAACCGCAACUGCAUUUCCAUCUGUACAAUCGCGAACACUUGACCACACCCAUUGAAUUGAACGUAAGCGACGCCAAAGAGCUCGCCGAUGGCAAAGACAUCAAAAUCUUGAUCCACGGCUGGUUGUCCUCGUCAAAAGACCAGCAAAUGCACGAACUCAAAGACGCGUACCUUCAACAGUAUGACUGUAACGUUAUACUAAUCGACUGGAGCAAGUCGGCGAAGCAACUGUACCACCUUUCGUACUGUCACGCCUCAAACAUCGCGCAAUUCACCUCCAAAGUUUUGUGCCAUUGGCACGAAAAGAUAAAUUUAGAUUUGAAUAAAAUUCACAUCGUCGGCCAUUCAAUGGGGGCUCAUAUUGCCGGCUUACUAUCUCAAGAAGUCAAACCCAAAUGUAGGGCGGAAGUGGGAAGAAUAACCGGACUCGACCCAUCCAGAGCCCUAUUCAGCUCGCCCGGCAAAGACCUGAUGCUCUCGAAAUCGAAUGCGAAGAUGGUCGACAUAAUUCACACGGACAACGAAGUAUUUGGUAUUUUAAAUAAUCACGGAGACCUAGACUUCUACCCAAACUGUGGCCAAAGACAACCGGGAUGUGAGUUGGAGUCUCCAAUUACUGGCGAUACUCUACUUUCUGAAGUUAUGUGCAGUCAUAUACGGAGUUUGGAAUACAUGGUGGAAAGUAUUAGACACGGAAACGCAAUCGCAGCAAGCUGCCUGAUGUGUCCCCGUCUCUGCCGUCCAGAUUACGGAAAUGACAGGUACAUGCCAAUGGGUGAAAAGGCAGUUUUAAAAACGCAAUCGAGGAAAUCUAAAGCUUUCACCCUGAGCACGUACAGCACUCCGCCAUAUUUCAAGGUGUGGCAACCGUACGCCGAUGUAUGAUGUACCUACCUGUUUUACCGUAUAGUAUUUGAAAACUAUUUAUUUUUUCUAAGAUAUAUGUAUAACCGUUUUUUAUUUACAAUACAACUUUCUACGUAGUAUA